UUCGCUCCUUUGGUACAGAAGAUAGACCAACUGAUAGACCUAUACCACCUCGUGAUGAAGUCUUUGAGUAUAUUAUAUUCCGUGGCAGUGACAUUAAAGACCUAACUGUCUGUGAGCCACCAAAGCCUCAGUGUUCUUUGCCGCAGGACCCUGCUAUUGUUCAGUCUUCACUAGGAUCUUCAACUACAUCUUCAUUCCAGUCUGUGGGGUCCUAUGGUCCUUUUGGCAGAAUGCCUGCAUACAGUCAGUUUAGUCCAAGCCCGCUGGUGGGGCAGCAGUUCGGCGCUGUUGGAGUUGCAGGAGGUUCUUUAACAUCUUUUGGAACAGACUCUUCAGCCAGUGCUAACAUAUCCCAAAGCACUGCAGUUGGUUCUGCAUUUACAACAGAUGCAAGAUCACUGAAAACACAGAUGUCUCAAGGUCGUUCAAGCCCUCAGAUAGAUCAUUUGAGAAGGAGCCCCACCAUGGAACAAGCAGUACAAACAGCUUCAGCCCAUUUGCCUACUGCAGCACCAGUUGGGAGGCGAAGUCCUGUACCAGCCAGACCUUUGGUGUCUGCUAGCCAGAAAUCGUUAGAGAAUCAGGAGCACAGACGAGCCGAAGCACACAAGGUUUCAAGAUCAGAAAAUGAGCUCAGAAAUGAAAACAAACGACAAAUUGUUCCAGGUGGACCCUCAGCACGGAGAGGCCGUGGAGGUCACAGAGGGGGCCGAGGAAGAUUUGGUAUUAGGAGGGAUGGUCCGAUGAAGUUUGAGAAGGACUUUGACUUUGAAAGUGCAAAUGCACAAUUCAACAAGGAAGAAAUUGAUAGAGAAUUUCAUAAUAAACUUAAACUAAAAGAAGAUAAACUUGAGAAACCGGAGAAGCCUGUAAAUGGGGAAGACAAAGGUGACUCAGGUGUUGAUACCCAAAAUAGCGAAGGGAAUGCAGAUGAGGAAGAUCCGCUUGGACCCAACUGCUACUAUGACAAAACCAAAUCCUUCUUUGAUAACAUCUCCUGUGAUGACAAUAGAGAACGGCGACCCACCUGGGCUGAGGAAAGAAGAUUAAAUGCCGAGACCUUCGGAAUACCACUGCGUCCCAAUCGUGGCCGUGGAGGGUACAGAGGCAGAGGGGGGAUUGGCUUCCGAGGUGGAAGAGGACGAGGAGGUGGAAGAGGUGGCUUCACUGCCCCCCGAGGAUUUCGUGGCGGAUUCAGAGGAGGUCGUGGAGGCAGGGAGUUUGCUGACUUUGAAUAUAGGAAAGACAACAAAGUUGCUGCAUAGUCUACAAGACAGCUGAACCCGGGUGAGCGUCUAGAUCUUCUUGAUCCAGAGAAUUAGUUUCAAGUCUCUGCAACGAAUGAAGUUAAUUUGCUGUAUACUUGUCACCAGCACUGGGAUUUAACUAUUUAAUUUCAAAGGGGUGUAAUGCAGUUACUUUUGAAAAAUGGCCAUCUUUGAAAACAGUGAGCAUUAAAUAUAUUUGAGACAGAAGGAUAAGUAAUUUCUUAUGUAUAGUUAAUUAUAAAGCAGUACUUCGAUGGAGUUUAAGUAUUUUUUCAUCACUGAAAGGAUUUUUCUUAUUACUAAACUGUAUUUGAUAAUUGCUUCAAGUUGUAAGGACAAUUGUAUGCAGAAGGCCGUCGAUACUGUGAGUGUUUUGAUCCACUGAAGGUUGUUUUUUGGAAAUCCUGUAAUAUCCCUUUUGAGAUAGUUGUACUUUUAUCAACUAGGGUGCUGGACAGUAGAAAACUUGCUUUGUCAGUCAAAUAUGUACACACAGUAAAUACUGUUUCUUAGGCAAAGGAAACUUUUUAUAUAGUUGUAAAAUUCCAUUAUAUCCCAUUGCCAAAGAAACAAAUUACAGACUUUGUAUAGCUGUAUAAAAAGCAACUAAUUUUUUAAAGAAUAAACAUUUUUAAGUCGGCAAA